AGUUUGUCUUCAUGAACUUUCCUGUUCUAGGUUUCUCAUGAGGUUUGCUAGAGAUCAUCAUCAGCUCUGAUAUUUUGUCAUGUUUGUUAAUGAGUCUCAUGUGCUUCCAUCUCCAGUGAAGAUCGACCCACCCUUUAACUUGACAUACAUCAUGCUGAACGAGAGCGUCAGUGAAUCCGGGCGCAGUAUUUUGUUGUCAUGGUUGUAUCCAGUUGCAUCUCAAGUGCGUGAAGGAUGGAUUACACUCAUCUACGAGCUACGCUAUAGACAUCUCGCUCAGCCAGACAACUGGAGGGUGAAAGAGCGUUUGCGUGAGCCUCAUGUGGAAUUGUUGGAUCUGCCAGUUGGAACGUAUGAGUUCAUGGUCCGCUGUCGCUCCACCAACAGCAAACACUGGAGCACAUGGAGCGAGUCCAUCAACAUCACCAUAAGCGGCAGACCUCUGUCCGAUCGGAAGUUGGCCUUCAUCCUUGUGACCAGCAUUGCCAUUAUGGCCUUCCUCAUAAUUGGUUUUGGGAUCGUCCCACGAGGCAAGAGAAUUAAAUCAUUCCUCCUGCCACCGAUUCCCAAACCGCGCAUUCGAGGGCUUGAACCUGUUCUGCUGAAGAAGGGGCAGAUUGACGAGAUCAAUCGUCAUUUCUCCAGUUUUCACGGCUAUAAGUCGCCACAGUACUGCAUGGAGAUGUGGUACCAGGUGAGCGUGGACAUGUGUCCGUCUGCGAUGCCCAACAGCGUCCCGUCUCAAUAUAAACACGAGGAUGCACCGAUCGCACAGCACGUCACCUGGCCUGAUGGACAACAGUCUGUUCAGACGAGCUGCAAUCCUGCGCCUUACUGUUGUGGCCCCGCUUCCUAUUGCGAGGGAGCCACGCCCCCUCCAAAUGCUGGCCACGCCCGCCCUGAGCUUGUGUCCAUCCCAGGCAUGGACUACAGCAUGAUUCUAAACUCGGCCCCUGCACCACCGAUGACUCAGGACUUCUACACAUGUGUGAAUGGCGUGACGCCUGGCGGAGCUCUGCAUCUGGUGCCCUGCCUGCCUGACAUGCUGAAAAACACGCCCUACCUGCAGAUUAAAGAGGGAGCAGAUGAUGGCAUGGACAAGAGCACGCUGUUGAGCACGAGCGAAUCAGACCCAAGCGAAGCUGCUGUGCAUUUGCUACCUCAUUCAUCAGACAAGAACUGAGCACAAAUCAGCAAAUGCUCCAGUGUCCGGUAAUGCACAUGCGAUGUACAAUCACAUGCCUCAUACACAUACAUUAACACAGCCCAGGA